AUGGCACCAGCAAAUGCGCGGAGCAAUAGCUCUCUCCCAACAGAAUAUAGAGAGGACUCAUCUAAAGGUCCUAUGCUACGGUUCGAAGAAUCUCUCCCAAAACUUCCAGUUCCUACCUUGGAAGAGACAGCUGUUCGAUACCUCAAAUCAGUACAUCCCUUGCUUACCCUCUCUGAGCUACAAACAACCACGAAAGCUGUUCAAGAUUUCAUAAAGCCAGGGGGGGUGGGUAGCAAACUUCAAGAGAAGUUAAUUGCUCGUCGAGAAGAUCCCAAGCACAAGAAUUGGAUAUAUGAGUGGUGGAAUGAUGCAGCAUAUUUGAGCUACAGAGAUCCAGUCGUUCCAUAUGUCAGCUACUUUUACUCCCACCGAGAUGAUAGAAGGCGGCGCGAUCCAUCAACAAGAGCGGCUUCGAUUAGUACUGCAGUUUUGGAAUUCAAGAAACAAGUGGAUGCUGGAACUUUGGAACCAGAAUAUAUGAAGAAACUACCAAUUUCCAUGGAAAGUUAUAAAUGGAUGUUCAACGCCAGUCGAGUUCCAUCAAAGCCUGCGGAUCAUCCAGUCAAAUACCCUGCAGACGAACACAAACACAUUUUGGUGAUUCGCAAGAACCAAUUUUUCAAAGUUAUGCAUGAGGUUGAUGGACAACAAUUGAAUACUUCUGAGUUGGAACAACAAUUCAAGCGUAUCUACGAGAAAGCCGAGAAUACACCAUCAGUUGGAAUUCUCACAUCUGAGAAUCGCGAUAUCUGGACCGAUGCUCGUGAAGUCCUUCUCAAGGCAAACCCAUCAAAUGCCAAGAGUCUUCGAGAUAUCGAAUCCGCUUCAUUUGUUGUCUGUUUAGAUGAUGCUGCCCCAGUCACCCUAGAAGAGCGAGCCCAUCAAUACUGGCACGGUGAUGGCGCCAAUCGCUGGUUUGACAAACCCCUCCAAUUUAUCAUCAACAACAAUGGUACAUCCGGAUUCAUGGGCGAACACUCCAUGAUGGACGGAACCCCUACUCAUCGCUUGAACGACUACGUAAACGAAGUAAUCUUCAACAACAAACUCGAUUUCUCCAACCCCUCCAUCCGCUCCAAUAUCCCCGAACCUACACCCCUCAAAUUCCACAUCAACAAAGAAGUCCAAACCGAAAUCGAGCGCGCCACCAAAGAUUUCACCGAAGUCAUCGCCGCUCACGAGCUGCGCGUCCAAGCCUACCAAGGCUACGGCAAAGGUCUCAUUAAGAAAUUCAAAUGUUCCCCUGAUGCCUACGUACAGAUGAUAAUCCAACUUGCCUACUUCAAAAUGUACGGCAAGAACCGACCCACAUACGAAAGUGCUGCGACGCGACGUUUCCAACAAGGACGCACGGAAACAUGUCGUUCUGUAUCCGACGACUCAGUCGCUUUCUGCAAAGCCAUUUCCGAUCACAAUGUUGAGCCUUCUGCAGCUGUUGCGGCUUUUCGCGCGGCCAUAACCUCGCAUGUUGAGUAUAUUACUGCAGCGAGUGAUGGCAAGGGUGUGGAUCGACAUUUAUUUGGAUUAAAGAAAUUGCUUGAGCCUGGACAGGAGGUUCCAAGUAUCUAUACUGAUCCUACGUAUGCAUAUAGUAGCAAAUGGUUCAUUUCGAGUUCUCAGCUGAGCUCGGAAUAUUUUAAUGGGUAUGGAUGGAGUCAGGUGGUGGAUGAUGGGUGGGGGAUUGCUUAUAUGAUUAAUGAGAAUAGUAUCCAAUUCAAUGUCGUGUCAAAGGGUCUAGGCUCAGAACGCAUGAGCUUUUAUCUUAAUGAGGCGGCGGGCGAUAUUAGGGAUUUAUUGGUUCCGACGUUGGGAGAGGCUAAGGCUAAGUUGUAG